AUGCUGUUUACAUUAUGGGCAGCGCUUAGCGCGGCAGUGGCGUAUGCUGUGUUCUCUUAUUUUGCGGCAUGGCGGCGAAAUGUGCUCAUUGCUCGAAAGACGGGACUUAAAUACUUUGUGGUUCGACUAUGGUGGCAGCUUGGAAUCAAGAUUUGGUCACCUAUGAUCAAGAUCCUCCCAAAAUGGAUAUGGGAGUACCGAUUACUGGUUAUGACUCCUGACUGGGCCUAUUCAACUGGUCAGAAAGUCUUCGAGUACCUUGGGACUGACACAUUCCUGACUGUUUCUCCUUAUGACAUCUUGAUGUAUACUCAAGAUGCCGAGGUCAUUCAUAGAAUCACGCAGCGUCGUGAGGCCUUUCCCAAGGACAUUGACAAAUACAGUCUUCUCAGCAUGUUUGGUCACAAUGUUCUCACCACCGAAGCUCAGACCUGGAGGCUACACCGGAAGGUUACGAGUGCCAGUUUCAACGAGAAGAAUGCUGCUCACACCUUUUCCGAGGCCAUCUACCAGACCCGUGGUAUGUUGGACGAGCUCUUUGGUGCGGGCGGAGAGACCAAGGGCACGACCAAGACCAUCACAACACUCGAGCAUGACACCAUGACUUGGGCGCUGAAUGUCAUCGGCUAUGUUGGCUUUGGCCUUCGUUUAUUGUGGCCAAAUCAGAAAAUGCCUGAAGACACCGACCCUAAGCUGGUCAAGUAUGGCAGUCUGGAUCCUCCAGACGGACAUUCCAUCACCUUUGCCAAAUCAGUUGAGCGGACCUUGGACAAGAUUAUCACCAUUCUUGUUUUUCCCGACUUUCUUCUUAAACAUCUACCCUUCAAAUUUGCGAGCUACACUUACGAGGCCAAGGCCAACUAUCUCCAGUACAUGGAUGAAUUCUUGCGCGACAAGGCGAAGGAGGCCCAGGCUGGCGAAUCUACCAAGGAGGGAAUGGACAUCAUGGGACAGCUCGUUCAAUCGAAAUACGGCCUCUCCCCGUCUGAAAAAGCUAAACAAGCCGGUCUUGACGACGCUGAAAUCGUCGGCAAUGCUUUCAUUAUGAUCGUAGCCGGCCAUGAAACAACCGCCAACACACUUCACUUCGCCAUUGCCGAGCUCGCAAUCAACCCUGCCACGCAACGCCGUCUGCAAAAGGAUGUCGAUUCUUUGUUUGGAGACUCCGACCCAUCAACCUGGGACUAUGAAAAGAACAUCAAUGCCAUGACGGCCAGCCACAUUGGUGCCUGCAUCAACGAGACGCUCCGUUUGAUGCCACCGGUCACGCUUAUUCCCAAAGUUGUCUCGGCCAGCUCGGAUCAGACCAUCACAGCUCAGGGGAAGACUCAUGUUUUACCUUCAGGACUUUCGUGUAACCUGAUGGCCGUCAGCGUACAGCGCAACCCGCGAUUUUGGCCCACCAAAUCAUCAGAGAAGACUGGCGCCCCUACGGAUCUUGACGAUUUUCUGCCCGACAGGUGGUACCAAACUCAGAACACAGGAACCGACGAUGAGAAGGACGAGGAAGGCGAUGGGGUGGAUUAUGGCGGCUUUCAGGGGAGUGACACCAGCGCCUCGUUCUAUCGGCCGGUCAGGGGUAGCUACAUUCCCUUCAGUGAUGGACCUCGGUCAUGCUUGGGACGCCGAAUCGCCAUGGUGGAGAUGAAUGCUGUGCUGGCGGUGAUUUUUCAAAAGUAUAGUGUGGAGCUCGCGGUGGACGAGUGGGCGAGCGACGGGGAGGUGGAGAAUAUGGACGCAGCAGCCAGAAGAGAGCUCUACAAGAAGGCUCAGGCAAAAGCGCAAAAGACACUGAAUAAGGCAACGUCGGUCCUGACGCUCAAGUUACACGGGGGCAAACAUGUGCCUGUGAGGAUAGUGAAGAGAGGGAAAGAGCGGUUUGUCAAUGAUGUUAAGCUGUCAUAG